AUGUUGAAGAUCAUAAUCGUCGCUUCCAUACUAUCCACUGCUUUCUCAAAACAAUAUGCGUACAUCAACAAUAAUCUAGUGGAAUUUGAGGAUCCUACUUCUCUACCUUAUCCGUAUCAGGAACUUAAUCCUUUAAAUGUUUCACAACAAUCUAAGCCUGGAUACCAAAGUGUUGUCGGUUUAGCAGAGGUGGUACCUAAUGUCGGAACUGUAGCCGUUGUGGAAUCUCCGUUAAGUUUUCUUGGUUCUUUAGUAUUGGACACGAAUCGAGAUCAAAAAAUGGGUAAUUCAAAGAGUAAGAAGAUGAAAAUAACCCAAAGCGAUGGCCAACAGACAGAUGACAAUCGAGAACGCAUUAACACCAUCAAAACAGAAACAAAUGACGUGGAUUUAAAUAAGAAAAAUAUUGAAGGAGAUUCUAGUAACGAACAAAUAGAAGAAAAGAGUAAUGACAACGCCAGUAGUGCAUCUACAGUGGAGGUUUUAGAUGAUAACAACGCAGCAGCAAGAUCCAAGGGUGGCAAAAUGCCGAGUGAACCUAUCAAAUUGUAUUAUGUACCACCAUCACCACCUUGCCGAGCAGUUAUGAUGACAGCUCGGGCUCUUGGCAUAGACUUAGACCUGGUUCUCACCAACAUUAUGGAAGGACAACAUAUGACACCAGAGUUCCUCAAGAUGAAUCCUCAACAUACAGUUCCAACGAUGGACGACAGUGGUUUUAUUUUAUGGGAAAGCCGCGCUAUCAUGACUUAUUUGGCGAAUGCAUAUGGUCGUGACGACUCCCUUUAUCCAAAAAAUCCACGCUCAAGAGCGCUCGUAGAUCAGAGACUUAAUUUUGAUCUUGGGACUCUGUUUAAUCGGUUUUUUAAUUUAUAUGGUCGUAUGUUGUUCCACGGGGAAAAGUAUGAUGAUGAGGCAGCAAAGAAACUGAAAGAGGCAAUUGGUUGGAUGAAUACUAUGUUGGAUGGACGAGCAUUUGUUGCAGGCGAUAAUAUGACCUUAGCAGAUAUAUCAAUUAUUGUUACUUUCAGUAAUUUGGAGGCAUUAAUAUGCUUGGGAAUUGUGUCCAUUGGGAAGGGCAUGCAGUUUUCCAACAACCCGACCUCUGAAAUGUCUGCAGAUGAAAAAGGAGUGGCAUUCAAUAAGACAGAGCAGUCAAAUGAAAGUGGUUAUGAAGUGGAAGGUGACGUUGAAGAUAAAAAGUAUCUCGACGAAGCAAUGAAAACAGUCCUAGAUCCAAAUACAGUAAUACUUAAAGGCGAUGAGGUUGUCCAAAAUUUUAAAAGUCAAAUCGAUAACUUAGAACAUGGAAAUGUAUCAAUGGAAACAUUUAUGACAGAAAUGGAUAAAUUAAGUUUAGAGAUUUGCAAAACAUCACAGGAGUCGUUAUGGGAAUAUGUUACUGAUAUCAAUAGUGAAACGAAGAAGACUAGAAUGGUUAGGAUCGCAGCCGAAGAAGAUGAAAUAAAAAAGCAAUAUUGGACAAUAUUUAAGACAAAAUAUUUAAAAUCAGCCUACACCACAAAUGACGAAAAGUUAGCAAGAAAAGUUAGAAUCAUACGAGAUCGUGGAACUAAUGUUUUGAUGCCCCAAAGUAAGCAACGUGAAGAAAUUGACACAAUGCAGCGAAUUUGGAGCCGAGUGGCUGUGUGCGCCUACAAUAUUAGUAAUUGCAAUGCUGAGGAUUCGAUGCGCACAAUGAGCGAUAUCAUUACGAUAUUCAAAACAAGCAAUGAUACUAAAGAAUUGUCUUACUAUUGGAGAGCCUAUAGAGAUGCGACAGGAAAAAAGAUUAGACCGAUUUUUAAAGAUUAUGUAUUAAGGAUGAACAAAGUCGCAAUAUCUGAAGGUUUCAAUGACGCUGGUGACAUGUGGAGAUAUGCAUUUCAUGACUCCACUUUAGAAAUUAAACAAACCGUUGAAAGACUUUGGAACGAAAUAAAACCUAUAUACAAUCUUUUACAUAGGUUUGUAAGAAAACGAAUGGAAAUCUAUUACGAGGAAUUAAAAGGCGACAACAACAUAAUACCUGCGCAUGUUUUAGGUAACCUUUGGGCACAAGAAUGGCAAGCGAUUUAUCCCAAAGUAGCGCCCUAUCCAAAUAUAGAAAGGCCAACAGUUGUAAGCAAUGAAACUGUCAAUGCGAGGGACCUCUUUCACGCUGUAGACGAAUUUCAUCAAUCACUUGGUUUCGAAUCAGCUCAGGAUACCUUUCAGGAUAUAACGGAGUCUAUGUCCACGGUCAAUUGUUUACCAUCAAGUCAUGACAUGUGUGAUGGCACUCAUUAUAAAAUAAAAUGGUGUGGUGAGAAAAUUUCUGAUGUAACUAUAGGCUUAUCAAGAGCAGCGAGAUUAUUGGGACAUGUGCAAUAUUUUAAGCAUUAUCGUAAUCUAGAGCCUUUGUAUAGGGAUGGGCCAAAUCCAGCCUUUCACGAUGCAGUUUCUGAUAUCGUAGCUGUGCAAAUAACCUCGCCAAAUCACUUGGCUACCUUGAACUUCGUGAAGGUGGACACAACUGACAAUUCUACGAUAAACCACUUGCUUUGGUUGGCCUUAGAAAAAUUUCCACUCAUGGCAUACGCUUACGUCCUUGAUAAGUGGAGAUGGGAUGUGUUUUCUAAUAGUAGCAUGGAAAAUUUGAAUCAACAUUGGUGGGAUUUAAGAAUAAAAGAGACUGGCAUCUCAGCGCCAGUUCUUCGUAAUGAGAGUGAUUUGGAUCCUGCCGCUAAAUAUCAUGUUGUCUCUCAUGUCCAAUAUAUAACGUAUCUGAUAUCCCACAUACUAGAGUUUCAAAUAUUAUCAUCUCUAUGUAAGAAAGCGAAUCACACAGGACCUUUGCACGAGUGUUCCAUUUAUGGCGUGAAGGAAGCGGGAAAACUCUUGAGUGACGGAAUGUCAUUGGGUGCCAGCAAGGACUGGAGUAUCGUGUUAAAGACUAUGACAGGAGAAACAGAAUUAUCUACCAGUGGUAUUUUAGACUACUUCUCGCCUUUAAAGGAUUUCUUAAACGAGGAGAUUAGAAAAUUAGAAAGUCAUAAGGAUGAGGUAGACAGUAAUGCUCCCUUUGUUGUAGGCAUUAUCGUUGUUAUUUUGAUUAUACUUAUGUUCGUGCUGUAUUGUUUUAAAAAGAAAGAUAAAGUAAGACAAUUAUUUUCUCUAUGCGGUUUAAGUAAAAAUGGUUCUUUAGAUAUAGCCACACAAGAAAUACCGAGACGAAAACCUGACGCUGUGGUUGAGAGAGAAGAAAAAGUUUAA